AUGGUCUACAUCUACGCCUUGCUCUUGAUACCGAGUUCCAUUUCUAAAAUUCCAGGCCGUGUUGUGUUCAGUAACACACUUCCGAUAAAUAAUUUCCAGAGUACAAUUCGCAAUGAUGUCUAUAAACUUUCCAAUUCCGAAUUCCCGAAACCUGAAGACAACUCUGGCAUUUUUAUGGCUAUAGAUGACUCACGUACUCCGGGAACUCAUCACGCAGUCUAUAGUGCUCCAAAUAUGCCAUACGCUGAUAUGAUAGCCAGAAUUAUGGGCGGAGCAUCACCCUUGACAGAUGAACAAGUCAUUAAUCUUGACAAAGACGCUAUUGCAGUUCAAGAAUGCCACCAAUAUCUUCAAAGUAAAGCCCAGGAAGUUGAUACAGUGAUGCCACUAAGGUCUCGCACGCCGCGAGCAUUUGUGUGGUAUCAAGGUAGACCUCAUCUAGUCUUUGGAUGCAUUGAAGAUAAGCGUGCAUGGUUCAUAACGAGCACGAUCAUGGGAAGAAGGGAACGUAGAUCAUUAGAUGGAGCUAUAUUGUUAGUUAAUAACAGGUACGGGAAGAAAGAAAGUCUUGUGAAAAAAAGUAGGCUAGGCAUUGAGCUAGACCUGAAGAGAUAUUCGAAAAUAAACCCAACAGUAGAUCCUUAUACCAACGGAAGAGUCUCUAUAGUAAGAUUAUCGAAUCCACCAGAGAAAAUGCCCGGUGUUCUUGUCGACUGGUAUGAUUGCCUAUCAUAUAAGAGUUCAUCACCCAAACUCUUCGACUGGGGAGCACGAUCUAAACCUUCAUGA